CACAAUUAUCGGGAGCCCCCUCAGUCGGUGAGAAUUGGAGCUGGUCCGAGGGAGCAGCAGAACGCUGCCUGCAACAGGGACCAUGAGGAGCGGCCAGACCCGUGGAGCCGAUAGCGGGAAAAGCCGCGGCACCUGCUGAAAGGAAAGAGGGUGCGGCGGAGCGGCGGAGGCGCGGCGGAGCCUCGCCGGCGGCUCGCCGGCACCUCGGCCAUGUCGCUGCUCUGCGUGCGUGUUAAAAGAGCCAAAUUCCAGGGCUCACCAGAUAAAUUUAACACAUAUGUGACCCUGAAAGUGCAGAAUGUGAAGAGCACAACUGUAGCAGUUCGUGGUGAUCAGCCUUCCUGGGAACAAGAUUUUAUGUUUGAGAUUAGUCGCCUGGACCUGGGUCUAAGUGUGGAGGUAUGGAACAAAGGACUGAUCUGGGACACGAUGGUGGGUACUUUGUGGAUUGCACUGAAGACUAUUCGACAGUCGGAUCAGGAAGGGCCCGGGGAGUGGUCUACAUUGGAGGCAGAGACAUUAAUGAAAGAUGAUGAAAUCUGUGGAACUAAAAACCCAACACCCCAUAAAAUUUUGCUUGAUACAAGAUUUGAGUUGCCUUUUGAUAUCCCAGAGGAGGAAGCCAGAUAUUGGACCUACAAAUUGGAGCAAAUCAAUGCCUUGGGUGCUGACAAUGAGUAUUCUAUUCAAGAAGAAAGCCAGAGGAAGCCAUUGCCCAGUGCUGCCGCCCAGUGUUCUUUUGAAGAUCCUGAUAGUGCUGUCGAUGACCGAGAUAGUGACUAUCGCAGUGAGACCAGCAACAGCAUCCCACCUCCUUAUCAUUCGACUUCCCAGCCCAAUGCUUCUGUGCACCAGUUCCCUGUGCCUGUGCGAUUGCCACAGCAACUGCUAAUUCAGGGCAGUUCCCGGGACUCUUGCAAUGACUCUAUGCAAAGUUAUGAUUAUGACCUCGAUUACCCAGAACGGCGGGCUCUCAGCCCCACCAGCAGUAGUAGGUAUGGUUCCUCCUGUAAUGUGAGCCAAGGAAGCUCUCAGCUGAGUGAACUAGACCAGUGUCAUGAACAAGAUGAUGACCAUCGGGAGAGGGACUCCAUUCAUUCCUGCCACAGCUCUGGUAGCUUCUCCAGAGAUGGCCAAGCGGGUUUUGGAGAACAAGAUAAAGCCUUGGAGGUGACUGGUGAAGAAGAAAAGGGGAGAGCAUGUGAACUCAAGGAGAUGAAAGAUGUCACAACCCAUCCUACCCCAGAUCUGGUGCUACACAAAGACCAUGUCCUAGGCCCCCAGGAAAGUUUUCCUGAGGAGAAGGCAUCUUCGCCAUUUACCCAAGCCAGAGCACAUUGGAUUCGAGCAGUUACCAAGGUUCGACUCCAGCUGCAGGAGAUUCCAGAUGAUGGUGACUCCUCUUUGCCCCAGUGGCCCCCAGAAGGGCCAGCUGGAGGGCUCUAUGGCAUUGACAGUAUGCCAGAUCUACGUAGAAAGAAGCCACUGCCACUUGUCAGCGAUCUGUCAUUGGUCCAGUCCCGAAAGGCAGGGAUUACUUCUGCAAUGGCUACCCGCACCUCUCUCAAGGAUGAAGAGCUGAAAUCCCAUGUGUAUAAGAAAACCCUACAGGCCUUAAUCUACCCCAUCUCGUGCACCACACCCCACAACUUUGAGGUCUGGACUGCCACUACCCCAACCUACUGCUAUGAGUGUGAAGGCCUGCUCUGGGGCAUUGCCCGGCAGGGCAUGCGCUGCAGCGAGUGUGGAGUCAAGUGCCAUGAGAAGUGCCAGGAUCUGCUCAACGCCGACUGCCUACAGCGGGCUGCAGAAAAGAGCUGUAAACAUGGAGCUGAGGACCGGACCCAGAACAUUAUCAUGGCCAUGAAGGACCGUAUGAAGAUCCGAGAGCGGAAUAAGCCAGAGAUCUUUGAAGUUAUCCGGGAUGUCUUCACUGUGAGCAAAGUUGCCCAUGUGCAACAGAUGAAGACAGUGAAGCAGAGUGUGCUGGAUGGCACCUCCAAAUGGUCAGCCAAGAUUACUAUCACUGUGGUGUGUGCCCAGGGCCUACAAGCCAAGGACAAGACAGGAUCCAGUGACCCUUAUGUGACUGUUCAAGUAGGCAAAACCAAGAAGCGUACCAAGACCAUUUUUGGGAACCUGAAUCCUGUUUGGGAGGAGAAAUUCCAUUUUGAGUGCCACAACUCUUCUGACCGCAUUAAGGUUCGUGUGUGGGAUGAGGAUGAUGACAUCAAGUCAAGAGUAAAGCAGCGGCUGAAGCGAGAGUCUGAUGAUUUCCUUGGCCAAACCAUCAUCGAGGUUCGGACACUGAGUGGCGAGAUGGAUGUCUGGUACAACUUGGAGAAGAGGACAGACAAAUCAGCCGUCUCAGGGGCUAUUCGACUACAAAUCAGUGUGGAAAUCAAGGGGGAGGAGAAGGUAGCCCCGUAUCAUGUGCAGUAUACGUGUCUCCAUGAGAACCUUUUCCAUUACCUCACAGACAUUCAGGGCAGUGGAGGAGUCCGGAUCCCUGAGGCCCGAGGAGAUGAUGCCUGGAAGGUGUACUUUGAUGAGACUGCCCAGGAAAUUGUGGAUGAAUUUGCCAUGCGCUAUGGCAUCGAAUCCAUAUAUCAGGCCAUGACGCACUUUGCAUGUUUGUCAUCCAAGUACAUGUGUCCUGGUGUGCCAGCAGUGAUGAGCACCUUACUGGCCAACAUCAAUGCCUACUAUGCCCACACAACUGCCUCCACCAAUGUCUCUGCAUCUGAUCGCUUUGCAGCCUCCAACUUUGGGAAAGAGAGAUUUGUGAAACUACUGGACCAGCUGCACAACUCCCUGAGGAUUGACCUCUCUACAUACAGGAAUAAUUUCCCUGCUGGGAGUCCUGAGAGGCUUCAGGACUUAAAGUCCACAGUAGAUUUGCUGACCAGCAUCACUUUCUUCAGGAUGAAGGUGCAAGAACUACAGAGCCCUCCAAGAGCCAGCCAGGUGGUAAAGGAUUGUGUGAAGGCCUGUUUGAACUCCACAUAUGAGUAUAUCUUCAACAACUGCCAUGACUUAUACAGCCACCAGUAUCAGCUGAAGCAAGAACUACCUGCAGAGGAACAAGGGCCCAGCAUUCGGAAUCUGGAUUUCUGGCCCAAACUCAUCACACUCAUUGUGUCAAUCAUAGAGGAAGAUAAGAAUUCCUACACACUAGUUCUGAACCAGUUUCCUCAGGAGCUGAAUGUGGGAAAAGUCAGCGCAGAAGUGAUGUGGCAACUUUUUGCCCAAGACAUGAAAUACGCACUGGAGGAGCAUGAGAAAGACCGGCUGUGUAAGAGUGCUGACUACAUGAACCUACACUUCAAGGUGAAGUGGCUCCACAAUGAAUAUGUACGGGAUCUGCCUGUCUUCCAGGGGCAGGUGCCGGAAUACCCAGCGUGGUUUGAGCAGUUUGUCCUACAAUGGCUGGAUGAGAAUGAGGAUGUAUCCCUGGAAUUCCUGCAUGGGGCGCUGGAACGAGAUAAGAAGGAUGGGUUCCAGCAGACAUCAGAGCACGCACUCUUUUCCUGCUCUGUGGUGGACGUCUUCACACAGCUCAACCAGAGCUUUGAGAUCAUCCGAAAGCUGGAAUGCCCAGAUCCCAACAUCCUUGCCCACUACAUGAGGAGAUUUGCUAAGACCAUCGGGAAGGUGCUGAUGCAGUAUGCAGAUAUCUUAUCAAAGAGCUUCCCAGCUUAUUGCACAAAGGAGAAAAUGCCCUGCAUUCUGAUGAACAACAUGCAGCAACUGAGGGUCCAGCUGGAGAAAAUGUUUGAGGCCAUGGGAGGCAAGGAGUUGGACCCUGAAGCUGCAGACAGUCUGAAGGAGCUGCAGGUGAAACUGAAUACAGUUUUGGAUGAGCUCAGCAUGGUGUUUGGAAACAGUUUCCAGGUGCGGAUUGAUGAGUGCAUUAAACAAAUGGCCGACAUCCUGGGCCAGGUGCGGGGCCCAGGGAAUGCAUCACCCAACGCCAGGGCCUCAGUGGCUCAGGAUGCAGAUAGCGUGCUCCGACCUCUCAUGGACUUCCUGGAUGGCAACCUCACUCUCUUUGCCACCGUGUGUGAGAAGACGGUUCUGAAGCGUGUACUAAAGGAGCUCUGGCGGGUGGUCAUGAACACAAUGGAAAGGAUGAUUGUUCUGCCUCCACUCACUGACCACACAGUAAGGAUACUUCCCUUCAACUUCCUUCUGCUGUCUCCCUUACCUCGCUCCAUACAUCCUGAUCGAAUCUGGAGUCUUUUUCUUUUGACUAAUUCCCUCUCUGCCCAGGGAACCCAGCUGAUCUUCACUGCUGCCAAGGAGCUGAGCCAUCUUUCCAAACUCAAGGACCACAUGGUGCGAGAAGAAACACGGAGUCUUACUCCAAAGCAGUGUGCAGUCCUUGACCUCGCCCUGGACACCAUCAAGCAAUACUUUCAUGCAGGAGGCAAUGGACUGAAGAAAACCUUCCUGGAGAAGAGCCCAGAUUUACAGUCCCUACGCUAUGCCCUGUCUCUGUACACACAGACCACAGAUACACUCAUCAAGACCUUUGUGCGCUCACAGACAGCCCAGGGGUCUGGUGUGGAUGAUCCUGUUGGAGAAGUCUCUAUUCAGGUGGACUUGUUUACACAUCCUGGAACUGGAGAGCACAAGGUCACAGUGAAAGUGGUGGCUGCCAAUGACCUCAAGUGGCAGACAGCGGGUAUGUUCCGACCCUUUGUGGAAGUGACCAUGGUUGGCCCACAUCAAAGUGAUAAGAAGAGGAAGUUCACAACCAAGUCAAAAAGCAACAACUGGGCCCCCAAGUACAAUGAGACAUUUCACUUCCUCCUGGGAAAUGAAGAGGGACCAGAAGCCUAUGAGUUGCAAAUAUGUGUGAAAGAUUACUGCUUUGCCCGCGAGGAUCGCGUUCUAGGGCUGGCUGUGAUGCCUCUGAGGGAUGUGGCAGCCAAGGGCAGCUGUGCCUGCUGGUGCCCCUUGGGCCGGAAGAUCCACAUGGAUGAGACAGGCAUGACCAUUCUCCGGAUUCUGUCUCAGAGGAGCAAUGAUGAAGUGGCUCGGGAGUUUGUGAAGCUCAAAUCGGAGUCUCGUUCCAUGGAGGAGGGGAGCUGAGCACCUGAGCUCCUGUGCCAGAUGGCACCAUUUCUACAAUUCAGGGCCAGUGGGAUUUACUGUGUAGCCAGCUUAGGUCCUCAAGUUAAGAGACUAACUCCUUCAGUUAAAGAAAUUUAAGGAAAAUUUGGGGGUGGUGAGAGUUUUACUUUUCACAGAAAGGGUUGUGAAUCCCUGAACAACAGGUCUGUGGUGCUAGGAGCUGAGCUGUGGUGUUACUGCAUAGGGAGAUUUUUCACAGAGAGGGACAGAUAUUUCUGAGAGUGUCAGCCAUUCUCGGUAGAGACAACUCCACUCUACACCCCAUGUCUACCCCUCUCCAUACGACACCUUAUCCAGUCAGACACCUAUGUACCAAUCAUUAGGAGAACAAGUUUAGAGGGCCAGGAGCUUGUGCCUGGCUAGCUCAGUAGUCAGCUGAGCCUAUAGGUAUCACAGAGCCCUGUGGUCUGGAUUGAAGUAUAGCCAGGGCAGGAGCACACAUAAUAGAAUUCAGACUGUCCCUUGAGCAGAAUCCACUGGUUUUGUAUGGCUCCAGUGAGAACAAGGCUUUGAAACUGAACAAGAUACCUUCUAGAAAUGAGCUAUGCUAAUCCCUUACCCAGUUUAUAUCUGUUGUGAGCAGAAGCAGGUUCAUAUGGUGCUUCAGAGCCUUGAGCAGAAUAUCCUUUGGAACCCAAACGCCAGAGACUGCUUUCCCAGGAGUCCCUCUACCUCACUCCUGUCGGAAGGAGAGUGAUGCUUCAGGACAGUGAAAGGCUGUUAUUAUGUGUAUGCAUCUGAGGGCUAGUUGAAGGAUCCAGGAGAGAGGACUGUAUUUUUUUCUUGGGUAGGCCCCGAACAAAGCCAAAAAUUUUGGAAAUUAGUCUAGGAGUCCUUCUCACUUAUGGCCACUGCCUUCUCACUGUCCUCUCCCUGUAGAAAGAAUCUAGCCUUUGACCUCACUCCCUUUCAUUAGGUCAGCUGCUGAUCCCCUCAUAGAUGUUCAGUCCUCCAGAAGAAGCUUGGACUAUGAUCCCUCUGUACAGGCUGGAUGGUAGGGAGGGCCUCAACACUCCUUGGGAGGUCAAAGACAAAUUCUUUCAAGGGGUCAUGUGGACUUCCCAGGCCUUUGCUCAGAGAUGUGACAUGGUCCUUUAAUAUCCUUGGUAACAGCCUCCUGGACUUUCUGAGGACUCUGCAUUGUCCACAGCUGUACUGGCCAUUACAUUAAACAAGAAACUAAGCAUCUUUGCUGUUGUUAAUUAUUGUAUGUGCCAUUGUUGCAGGAGAUUAUUGGCUAGUCUGUAAUAAAUCAUCUUAUA